UAUCCGACGGCAGUAGCACGCAUCUGCCGCCUGUGUGCCAACAGUGAAUAUGUUUAAGUUCGUAGUGUUGUUAUCUGUGGUGGCUUUGGCCAGUGGCCAAUCAGCCUCAGGACUAGUGCGGAACAUUUACGAUGAAUGUUUAAGCCAAUAUUCUGUUGAGUGCGUGAAACCAAGAACCUUCGAAUGGAUAGCCCGAGUGUCGAACGAUGACGAAAUCAAAAUUACUGAUAAUUUGUCGAUUAUUAAGACUGCAAUUGCCGAAGAUGAUGAAGACGUUGAUCCCAGAAUGGCAAAGGAUCCAUCUAUAGCAAUUAUUGAUUCUGUCGAUCGUUUUAUCCAGACUCAUUCAGUCAGAGUUCAAGUGCCAGAUGAAAUUGCAAAGACCGCUGCUUCUGGAUACGUGCCAAGGUCGCUAUUUGAUGGAUUACCUUCUGAAUUAGAUAUGCCUUUGGAUGGCGAAGAAGAAGUAGAAACAUUCGAAGGAAGAAAAAAGAAGAUCAAGCUACCCAAGCCUUUGAGGAUUAAGAGCAAACAUGGCUUCAUCAAGAAAGUAGUUCUGCCUUUCCUCCUUGGUCUAAAAUUCAAGGCUUCGGUUCUUGUUCCUUUGGCACUGGCUCUCAUCGCUUUGAAGACUUGGAAGGCUCUGACUCUUGGUCUGAUUUCGCUGGUCCUCUCUGGUGCCAUGGUUAUCUUCAAGUUCACGAAGCCCAAGGUGGUUAAUUACGAAGUCAUACAUUACCCGCAACACCAUGUCGAGCACCAUGUAGACCAUCACGCCCCUGGCUGGGAUUCCCAUGGCCCCUACCAAGCACGGUCAUACGAAGACGCGCACGAAAUUGCAUACGCUGGCCAAAUUUAACUUGUAUAGCAUCACAUUACGACGGACCUCCAACUAAUUUAUUUAUUUAUUUUUAUUUAUUGUUGUAAAUAAAUUGUUAUGAUAUAAGUUCAAAUUUAA